AUGACUAUGGAUGAUGUAGAGAGUAGCUCUGAGUGGAGCAGGGAGCAAGAUAAAGCAUUUGAAAAUGCUUUGGCUACUUAUCCCGAGGACGCUUCAGAUCGAUGGGAAAAGAUUGCGGCAGAUGUACCAGGGAAGACCAUGGAAGAAAUUACACAGCAUUAUGAGCUCUUGGUUGACGAUGUUGGCCAAAUUGAAGCUGGCUGUGUUCCAAUACCGUCGUAUAAUUCUUCUUCUGAGGGAUCAACAAGUCAUGCUAGCGAUGAAGGAGUUGGGGGGAAGAAGGGUGGCCAUAGUGGUCACAAUAACAACGAGUCUAACCAUGGAACUAAGGCUUCAAGAUCGGAUCAAGAACGGCGAAAGGGUAUUGCUUGGACUGAGGAAGAACACAGGUUAUUUCUUCUGGGCCUAGACAAGUACGGAAAAGGCGACUGGCGAAGUAUAUCAAGAAACUUUGUGGUAACCCGAACGCCAACACAAGUAGCAAGUCACGCGCAAAAAUACUUCAUCCGAUUGAAUUCAAUGAACAAAGACAGAAGGCGAUCGAGCAUACAUGAUAUCACAAGCGUCAACAACGGAGACGUUUCAACGCCUCAAGGACCAAUCACCGGUCAAACAAACGGUUCCUCCGGAAAUUCUGCAAACAAAUCAGUGAAACAAGCCGUUCCAUCCACAGCCGGUAUACCAGGUGCUGGAAUAUACGCUGCCCCUACCAUCGGACAACCUAUAGGAGGACCUUUAGUAUCUGCUGUUGGUACCCCGGUGAACCUUUCCGGAUCUCCACAUAUGGCAUACGGUAUUCGAGCACCGGUUCCCGGUACCGUUGUUCCCGGUGCACCUAUGAACAUGGUCCCUAUGACAUACCCUAUGCCUCAUACUUCUGGUCCUCACAGGUGA